UAGCACAGACAGGACCAGAAUAGAAGAGCGAUGCAGGAUGAAAGAUAGCCUCCAUAUGUGAAAAAAACUCCAUCUGAAGCACCUCAGUGCGUUGUUCAUUUUUUUAAUUGGUGGCAUCUCGCGAUCGACAAAUGAUGUUCCAACAGGCCCUUGAUGCUCAAAGGAAGCGUGUUGGGUUUUACACCACGAGGGGCCACAGGUGCCCGAACCCUCCACACGCCCGUCUACGUCCUUGAGACACCAAGGACCGGACGUGUAGCUCCUUUACAAGGUUCACCCGCUCUGUGGUGAUCUGACCCGCGGGACUCCUCCUUCAUCAUCGACACCUCCUUCCUCUCCCUCCUCUUUCUCCGCUGCUCUCUGCACAGCCGCAGUCCACGGCGAUGCGCCGUUAACGGAGGAGCCACUCCGCGCUCUUUUCUGCUUCUUCCAUCAUCCACCGCUUUGAGUGCCGAGAGGACCAGCAUCCCGGCACCCCUCACCCCCUCCCCGGGCUGCCCCGCAGCAUCCUCAUCGGUAACAUGGCAAUACAAGGCUGCCGCUUUUCCACCUAGACGCCAAGUCUCACCCCACAGACUCAAGACGGGGACUACGAUGAGUGACGGGCCACCGGUCACCUCCAGCUGGCUGACCCCCGACCCCACAGCCUGGGCCAGCGGAGGGGGCGGGGGACCGAUGGACAACAGCACCAGCCCGGGGACUUCUCCGCCGGACUCCUUCGCGCCCGGCCGGAUGCCCCUGUUGGUCAACCCCUGGGACAUCGUGCUGUGCACAUCUGGGACUCUGAUAGCCUGCGAGAACGCCCUGGUGGUGCUGGUGAUCUGGCAGAACCCGGCGCUCCGGGCUCCCAUGUUCCUGCUCAUCGGCAGCCUGGCGCUGGCCGACCUGCUGGCCGGCCUGGGCCUGGUGCUGCACUUCACCUGUGCCUACUUGCUCCACUCCGAAUCGGCCCAGUUGCUGACCGUGGGCCUGGUGGUGGCCUCCUUCUCCGCCUCCGUCUUCAGCCUGCUGGCCAUCACCAUCGACCGCUACCUGUCGCUGUACUACGCCCUCACCUACAACUCCGAGCGGACGGCGGUGUUCACCUACACCAUGCUGGUGCUUCUAUGGGGCCUCUCGCUGUGUCUGGGCCUGCUGCCGGUCACGGGGGUCAACUGCCUGGCGGAGGAGGCGGCGUGCAGCGUGGUGCGCCCGCUGACCAAGAACAACAUCGCCGUGCUGUCCGUUUCCUUCCUGCUGCUCUUCGGCCUCAUGCUGCAGCUCUACGUCCAGAUCUGCAAGAUCGUGAUGCGCCACGCUCACCAGAUCGCCCUGCAGCACCACUUCCUGGCCGCCACGCCCCACUACGUCACCACGCGGAAGGGCGUGUCCACGUUGGCGAUCAUCCUGGGCACCUUCGCCGCCUGCUGGAUGCCCUUCACCGUCUACUCCCUCAUCGCUGACUACACCUACCCGCCCCUUUACACCUACGCCACCCUGGUGCCCGCCACCUACAACUCCAUCAUCAACCCGGUCAUCUACGCCUUCAGGAACCAGGAGAUCCAGAAGGCGCUGUGGCUGGUGUGCUGUGGAUGUGUUCCCGCCAGCGUGGCGCAGCGCGCACGGACCCCUAGUGACGUCUGACCGGACGCAGCCAGGUGGGGGAGAGAGAGGCGCCGUGUGGGUCAGCUCUGCUCCUCCCCGGGUCUGACUGGUGUCAAAAGGUCAGGGGGGGGCGGAAGGGAGGCGCACAGGGGUGUGGUUUCAGGCCCAGGUCUGGAUGUCGCUGGAGCCCACCUGGAUGGAUGCCCCCCCCCCCCCUCAUCCUUUGUUUCACAUUCACAAUGAGUCAAGGUGUCGCACUGUCUUCCCAAGCAAAUGCGGCCAAUGGGCGGGCAGCCUCCUCCCUUCCGAACCCCCUCCCCCUCCCAUUCAGGCCGUGCCACGCCCUUCCCCUGCCACUGUGUAUGUAUACCCCUCUCGCACUUCCGUGCAUAUAGUUUACGGCACUGGAACUUUGGGAGGGAGGGGGUCAUUGGUGCGCGCCUGCGUAAAAGCGCACAGGUCGGGGAGAAAUGAACGGUUGAUUACGCAUUUUCCACACACAGUCCUGUCUGGAGCAGCAUCCCGGCGCUGUGCUGCUGCACUCGGAACGUGCGUCGAAAGCUAAACGUCCGCGGAGAGCUAAAAAUAGAUCCGAUCUCUGUGAUCCGCGUCCUCUGUGGACGCCGGGGAAGAAAUCAAGCCGUUUCGUCUUCCCUUCAGCUCUCCAAACGUGUCUUGUUUUUCUAUCUGGAUUCGUGCGUGAUUGUGGUUUAGGUCAUCUCGCAAGUUUCGGAGGCGCCACGAGGAAACCCUCCUCCUUUUGUUAUUCACGUGUUGAACCGAGUAGAAGCUCAUCGCGGUAUUGCAGAUAAUGCAGACUUUUUGAAUGUCUUGAAUUUGUAAUCCAUGUGUAAUCAUCAUUUAAUAAACCCCCCACUCAUUUGAACAAUACUUUGAAUUAUAAGGUAGGGGUACUUCAAUAGAAACAAAAAAUCUGAUAAUGGUAAAUGUAGGAUAUUAAGUUAUAAAAUAUGAUCAGAAUACUACAAACCUUGGAGGCAAAGGUCCAACCAAGCAGAACACAUUGGUAGAUGGAAAUCUGCUAGAUUUGAAUGUAUCUCCCCUUGUUUGAACCACAUAUCUGAUUUGCAGACUUGACUUAGCAUGCAACAAACCCGAAUAGCCGCCCCUUCCCAGCCAAGUGUGCCAGGUCACAUUUUUGAAAAAAGACCAUGUGACAUGGUACUCUGAUGUCCUCGUGAUCCUGAUAUUUUUUCUACACAGUGUACCUCAACUGUAUCCCAUUGAAUGAGCUAAUCUUAACUCGACGGUCACACGAGUCGCAACCUUGUUGACAACAGGUUUUGCUGUAAAGUGCGGAUAGGUUUGAAGUCCAUGGGGCUCUGCUUUGGUCUUGAUUUGAGUUCCACCGAGUGCGGUUCAAUGGAAGACCCAACACAACACUACCAGCUGCUCUGAGUUGAUCCAACCGUGGGCUUUAGGUCUCAUAACUAGUUUGCCAACCCGUCCCACGCACGCUUAAUGCCGUCUCAGCAAUAACUAGCCGGUUGAUGGUAGUUAUUUAGCAAUACUCAGACAGCAAUAACAUCCACCUCCCACUGCUACUACUUCCUGCGGCUUGAAGUGCCAUAGUUUCCGCUCAGAGGGGAGGAGGAGGAGGGGGGGUUGUUGUAGUGAAUGUGCUCAGUGAGCUACAAGUGAUCUUCAAAUAGUGUUUUACGGUAAUCCCUCCUGGAAAAGAAGUGGACGAGGUCACACGGCCCAGUGACAUCACUGCCUGAUUCCUCUCAAAUUAUUUUUAUUUUCUCUGAACUUAAAACGGGGCUUUGACCAUAUGUUACAACCCUAAAUGGUGAGGUGUAUGAUUUGUAUUUGUUGCCUCUGCCUUUUGUGACAUAUGAACAUAUGAAGUGUCGAAAACCUCAUGUCUUGUGUGUGUGUGUUUUUUUUGGGGCUGUCCUUUUUGUGCACACCGUAUCAGUCGCAUGGCCUCUGUGUGUGUGUGUGUGUGUGUGCGUGUGUUUUAUGAUACAGCAGCUCCUCGGGGGACCUCAAUCUGUGUCCUGUCGCCACCAGUCUUCCUGUCCAUUCUGAGAGAAGUGGCCUUGUUACGUGUUCGUAGAGCUUGUUUCAGGAGAGGGAGGACUCACGUGAGGGAGCUCCGGCACUUCGAGCCAAAGUGAAAGGUCCUGCCGUGUGUGUGUGUGUGUGUGUGUGUGUGUGUUCUGUCUCCUUGACAUUCAGUGUUACUUCAAAUCGAUCCAUGGUCUGAUGGAGGCAGGCUUCUGCCAAGUUGACCUCUGAAUGAUUCUACGAGCUAAAUACAGUCACUUCCAAAUACGACAAGUAGUGCUUCUUCUUUCCUCCCUUUCUCCCCUCCAGGCGAGCCCGAGGCGUUUGACGAGCUCCCAAGUCUCCGUCUUUCUGGCCUCAGAUCAGAUGCAAAGCAGUAAAAGGAGAGGAAAAGCAUUUCUGAGGGUUGGAAGUUAAACUUGUGCACAGUGUCAGACUGAAUCCUGUUUCUUUACCUUUUGAGAAAAGUCUAUUUUGUUAUAUUCAUAGACCGGUUCCAUUUUUUUUUUUGAGUGGCCUGAAUUCUUUCAAAUUGUAAUGUUGUAUGAUAAAUCAACGCUGUAAGGCCUUUGAGUGAUCAAAUUAUUUAACUGGCGUCCAUUGCAUGCUGAAGAGGAGGGACUUCAGACCACCCUUGCACGGUGUCACCAAAGCCUAUAGUCAAACUAUGGGAUGAGUUGGUGCCGCACCACUUCCUCCCGUCAGGCACCAAUACGCAGCGGUUUAUUGACCGGUUGGCUGCGCAUGGGACGCUGGAGGAGGAGAAGGAGGAGGAGCACACAGACCUUCUCUGGUGGGUGAACGUUCUUCUCUUGUGCCGUCUGGUGGAGAUUUCCCGUGAUCGAGCAGGUGGGAACAAGGGCUUCGAAUACCAAGAAAAGCAGAGAGGGGGAAGUUGUUGGCAGAGCAGCCGGUUCUUGAGAAAACGACUGGCUGUUAGUUCAGAGGCAGGUUUCUCGCUGAUGGUUGCUAAUCUAGAGCUAAAUUUCAAAAUACUCAAGGGCCUGAUAAUGUGUGUGAGUGUGUGUGUGUCUUGGGGGUUGAAGGCGGGAGGACGCCACAGUAACAGCAUCAUGUGUAGACGUAUGCAUAGUUUUCAAUGUGAAAUGCACUUUAUUUUUUGGAUGAAAAUGGCACAAUAAAUUAAUUAUCUGCAAAACGAGACAUAUAAACGAUAAUCAAUAUGCACUGACUUAACUGAGAUAUUGUAAGAAACAUUUGUGUGAACGUGGUGUCUAUUUUUCCAAGGUGUUAGUUGUACUUUUUAUUGCUUUGGUUAGUUCACUUGAUUGAGAAAUUUUGUAUUAAAAACCAAACGUGUGCUGUGCAUAAAACUUCUGCCUCGACUAAUUUGUUCAUCCUCGUCCUGGCUCGGUGCCCCCCUGCGCCCACCCAUCCUCUUUUUCACACUCCACUGUUUCCCUGGCAACUCCCUUCUUAGCUAUACAGUUACCAAGGGAACUGAAGUCUUAGAGGCAGGUAUUUGUUGUCUCCCUGACGACGGUGGAACAGUAAAGAGACG